AUGUCCGUAGAUGGUGUAGCAGCUGUAGAUGAAAUUGAGAGCAAUGAAAUUGGUGAUGAACUUCAACAAGAUGAAACAAUUGUUUCGCAUGCUGGGGAAGAAUCACAAAAAAAUCAAGAUCCAGAAGAACAUGAGAAAGAAGGUUUUCGUAUCAAUAAAAAAAGAAAAACUUCAAGUGUUUGGAAUGAUUUUGAAUCUGUUACAGUGGCGGAUGGAAGUAAAAAGGCAAAGUGCAAGCAUUGCUCUUCUUUUUUAUCAAUAUGCAAAGGGUCUACAACAAGUCUUUUGCGACACAGUACAAACUGCAUAAAAAAGAAGAUAAAUUUGAGAGAAGCCGAACGACAAAUGAAGCUAAACUAUUUGCCAAGUGACUCAGGUUCAAAUUCUCUCCCUUAUUUACAUACUGGAAAAUUUGAUAUGGAACAAAUGAGAGAGGCAUCUGCUAAUUGGUGGGGUAUUGAGAAUAAAUUUGUAACAAUUACUGUUGACAAUGCUUCUAAUAAUGAUGUAGCUAUUCGAUGGAUUAGGGUGAUUGAAGAUAUAAUUGGUGAUAUUCGAGAAGGCGUGAAAUAUGUUAAUCGCUCAGAGGCAAGGCGUGUACAAUUUGAUGAGUGUGUGCAACAAUUGCAGUUAAAAGAUCAGAAAUUGAUUCGUGAUUGCAAAACAAGAUGGAACUCUACAUUUGAGAUGUUAAGUUGUGAACUCAAAUUUAAAGAAGCUUUCAAAAUGUUCAAUGAACGCGAUCCUUUCUAUGAUUGUUGCCCUUCAGAAGAAGGUUGGGUGAAGGCACGGAAAAUUUGCUCACUGUUAAAAAAAUUUUGGACAGCAACACACAUCAUUUCAGGUAGUGAAUAUCCCACUUCUAAUUUGUUUCUUCAAGAAGUUCAAAAAAUAAAAUCUACCUUGGAUGGGCAUGUGAAUGAUGAGGAUUCUUUUAUUAAAGAAUUGGUUUUGAAAAUGAAGACAAAAUUUGACAAGUAUUGGGGUGAGUGCAAUUUGUUGAUGGCUUUAGCUGCAGUUCUUGAUCCAACCAAAAAAAUGUUAGCAGUUGAGUUUUGUUUUCCAAAACUUUAUUCCCAUGGUGAUGUCCAAAGAAAUAUUUGUAAGGUUAAAGAUGCUCUUGUUAGCCUUUAUGAUGUCUAUGUUGCUGAAAAUGCUUGUGAAAGGAUUUCUCGUUCAUUCCAUUUGGAAAAUAUUGGCUCUUCCAAUUCUAAUACGACUCAACGUGAUUCUUCCUCCAAUUGGGAUGACUUUGAUGCUUAUUGUGCGGAAAUUGACACUUCAGAGCCUUCAAAAUCUGAAUUAUUAGACUAUCUCGAAAAGGGUUGUUUGAAGAAGAGUGAAAUUCCUAAAGAUUUUUCAUGUUUAGAUUGGUGGAAAAUGAAUAAACUACAAUAUCCAGUGUUAUCAAAAAUGGCCGCUGAUAUUUUAGCUAUUCCAGUAAGUUCGGUAGCUUCCGAAGCAACAUUAAGUGCUGGGACGAGGGUCAUUGAUUCUUAUCGUUCAUCACUUUCCCCAGAGACGGUGCAAGUUCUUCUAUGUGGAGGAGAUUGGCUUCGACAUUUGCAUGGAGUGAAAAAAAAUACGAGGGUGAAAUGA